CGUAUCUUUUGACAUUACGCCGAAUUAUAUUUUGAUCAAAAUAAUCCAAUCAUAAUUAAAUUUAAUUAUAAUCCAAAUGAUUUCAUUAAAACUCGCCAAGAUAGGUUUUAUAUUAUUUUCUGUGAUUUUCUGUACGAAAUCUAAUUCAAUUUCAAGAAAAAACAUGGAUCAGUUAGAUAACUUACUACGGUGUUGCGGAUGGAAAAAUUUAAAUGAGUUGAUCUUCAUAAAAUAUUACAAUAAAGAACAUUAUCUUCAAAAUUUGAUGAAAAUACCAACAGACCGCAAUAGUUGUAGGCAAAAAAUACGAGCUUUGACUAUAUAUCUUGGAUGUAUAUACGCAAAUGUUGUGAAUAAUAUUCUUCCUAUUAUUAGCAACAUUGUUAUAAUUUGUCAAAACAAAUUCACAGAAGAGAACGACUUAAUAAAUGGAUUUAUUUGCACUGAAGAACUCAUAAACAUAAUAUCCUUUUUUAUUGUUCCGUUAGCAACAUUGAUGGAAGGCGCCAUGGAUACUUUGAAUUCAUUACAUUCCAAUCCUUUGUCGUUAGAGAAAUAUAACUACAUGAUAAGGCCUCUAUUUACAAGAAUUAGAAAUAUUCUUGAAUAUUUAAACAAACAAACUCUAUCACGAGACGAUAUUUCUACAUACAUUAAGAAAUUAAAUAUUGUAGAUAAAUAUUUUAAUAUUACAAUAUUACAGGUAAAUAAAGAAUGCAAAAUUUAUUGUGAAUUUGUUUCUCAUUGUAAGGAUUAUUUAUGGAAUGACUGGAAUCUAGAAUAUACAGCAAUAAGCCAAGACAUAGAAUUAGUAUUUUUCAAAUUCUUAAAGAGUAAAAUUGAAGAUUAUAUCAAGACAAUAAUUAUAGAAAAGUAUUUUAAUCUGGGGUUUAUAUUUGAUCCAAUCACAGAAGAAACGUUUCUACCACUGGCAAAUGAGUCACUUGAACUAGAAUUGGAAUUUAAAGCAAUUGGUGAAAAGCCUCCAACGGCAAUAAAAAUAGAAUAUCAUUAAAUGUUCUAAUAAAAUAAAAUUUGUUCUUUAUUCAUAUUUUAUAAUAAAUUUCAGUUCACAUAAAAACAUUUAAAAUUUUUAAAGAACCAUUAAAAUCUAAUUAUAUGUAAUUAUUUUUAGUAAAAAAACAAAUAAAUGAUAAUUAAAGGAUAAUUUUAAACAUAAUAUUAAUUAAAUAAAUAUAGACACUGGAUAUAUUAAAUUUUAAUCAUUUUUAUAAACCACUCAUGAUUUAUUGUUUGAUAAAAAUUUUGUCACAUAAUAAAACAUUAAAAAAUUGGCCAAAGCU